AUGGCUGACAUGAUGUGGAACGCAAUGAAAGAACCAUUAGAUACACCGCUGUGUUUUGAUAAAGAAAGUUUAGAAUUGGCGUUGAAAUAUUUCACUUCCUCGACACUAACUAUGCGACUCGCUGGAUUGAGUCAGAUUACGAACCAGUUGCACAUGUUUAAUGAAGUUUGUAAUAAUGAGUCACUAGUUGAUAUUGAUAAUGUUGGUGCUCAACUGGCGCAGUGGCUUAUUGAAAAAAAGAUUGUUGAACAUAUUUUUGGACCCAAUUUACAUGUAGAGAUUUUAAAGCAGUGCCAAGUUAUCCUAAACUUCCUGGCUGCAGAAGGUUACUUAACAACAGAGCAUAUAGACUGUGUGUGGGCUGCAGCUCAGCUGAAACACUCAAGUCGUUAUGUCUAUGAUUUACUGCCUCAACUUAUAAAACAUUUAGAGCCUGUCCCUUUGAGAUAUAUGUUAAAACUAGUAUCCAAGCUUCAUCCAUCUACUCAUACUGAACAAACCUUGUAUCUGGCAUCAGUGCUGACGAAACAUUUGUGGAACAAUGCCUUGAGAACACAGGCGGUAACUGCCACCCAGCAGCUGAGUAGACAGUCACAUUCGACACCAGUCAAGUCAUCACAUGCAGACUCAUCACUAGAAGAAGGUGUUGCUGUUGGUCAUCAUAGUAUGAGUAGCAGUGAAAACAGCAUGAGUGCAGAAGUAAGUGAUAUUGAGCAAGAGGAAGAAUUGCAUCAUCGUCAUCACCACCACCACCACCACCACCACCAUCAUCAUCGCCAUGGACACCAUCCAAAAUGCAAACACAGGCAGAUUGGCCCUCGGAAAAGGGCCCGGCAGCAGUUGGAAUCCAGUGCAGAGAAUGAAGAAGACAUCGAGGAGGAAGAGGAGAGUAGGGAAACCAGUGGUAGUGAGGAAUGCAGUGUGGAACGUAGUCAUAAUAGUAGUGGCGUGGAAGAAGAGGAUGAAUCUGAUAGCGAUUAUGAACAACAUAGUGGUAUGAGCGAGGCUGACGAAUGUAGCGAGGACGUGCCUAGUGAUGAAGUUGAACACGGCGAAAUAUGUGAACAUGCAUCACUGAGUCCUGACAGUCAGAGUAGUGAAUUUGGUGCUAGGCAACGUGGUAUUCAUCAUUGUCAUGGUGACGGAUCACAUCCUUCACCCCAUGAACUGAGGACUUCAGAUGUUGAAAUGGCAGAUCAUGAAAGCCAAAAAAUACGAGUGAAAUGUAAAGUGGGUGCUCGGACUAGAGUUGAUAGUGAGCAAAGAGCCUUGAAUAAGAGUGAUUCUCAACACUCUAAUGAUUCCAUGCCUCCAUUGGAGGAUUCUGGCGAGACUCAAGAGUAUUUUGAUAGAAGUAUGGAAACUGAGAUUUAUGAUUGCAGAGGAUUACUAGCUGGUCAUCAUCAUGCCAUUAGAAGUAAUAUGGAUGAAGUUUUAAGCACUGAAGAUAUCAGUUGUAGUAGUUCGCAAGCCAGUGCCAAAUCAGAAAAGAACAUGGCUGACUUUGAUGGUGAGGAGUCUCUAUGUGAAGAGGAAUUAGCACAACUCAGUGCUCACCAAAGAGCACAGUUAAACACGCAAAUGCAACAUCAGUUAGUUAAAAUGACCACUAUCUAUCACCGAGUACAAGGUUUACCAGAACACAAGAUAACUCAGGAGCAUUCAUUACAGCAUUUUGAUUUUAACUUUGAAGAUGUUUGCAAGAAAGGGAACACUUUGCUUUGGGAUUUAGUGCAAGAAGACACAGCUUCUUUUCUUGGAGAAGGCCUGGCGAUGGAAGCAGAGAAACUACUUUGUCAGCUGGUGGUCUGGUUCACUGACAGACAGAUUAGAAUGAAAUUUAUUGAGGGUUGUCUUGAUAAUAUUGCUAACAGUAGGUCUGUGGUUGUUUCAAUUCGUCUUCUACCAAAGUUGUUUGGAUCAUUUCAACAGUACAGGAAUACAUAUGACACACACUGGAUAACAAUUUGGGCUGAAAGAGAGCUACAUAUGAUGGAGCAUUUUUUUAAUGAUCUAAGGUGCUAUACUGAAACCAGAAAGAAACUGAAUUUUGAUAAAGAAUUGUAUAGCCAUACCAUAGAAGUACAAGCCAGAUUACAAUUCUUGACAUGUGUAUUUUCUACUCUUGGAUCACCCGAUGAUUUCCGGUUAACAAUGGAGCAAGUGGAUACUCUGUGGUCAUGUAUGGUUACUGACUCAGAAUGCAGUGAUGAAACUCUAAACUGGUUCCUCAAUCAGGCAAGAAAUAAAGACCAACAUGCCAUGGGUUUAGAGACGUUCAAACAUAUAUUUUACGAAAAGAUGCCGCAAUUGAAUCCUGAAACAAUCAGCAUGACUGGUCUUAAUUUAUUUCAUCAGCUGUGUAGUCUUGCAAGAAUAGCUAAUUCAAGUUAUGAUGGAACUAGUACUGAUAUGAGUGGUAUGGAUCAAUUAUGGAGCAUUGCAUUAAGAGCACAAGAUACUGAUGUCAGUAUGUCAGCAAUACAAUAUAUAAAUUCAUUCUAUAUUGAAGCUGGGAAUGGCACACUGGAGAAGGAAGAAGAGUUUAUCCAUCGAUGCAUGGACAGUCUAGUAGAUGCUUCACAAAACCUUGAAGAUUGUGAAGAAGCAAGUCUUUUGAUUAUCCAGAGAGGAUUGUUACUUCUCAAGACACACCUUGAAACUUUCAGAAAAAGAUAUGCAUAUCAUUUACGUAUGUGGCAAUUAGAAGGCAAUGGUAUUUCAAGUCAUCAGCAGAAUCUAAGUGGUAACGUGGCUACCAUGAGAGUGGUUUGUCAGAUGGCUGGAAUGUCUGAUAAGUUGACCAUUGAAAUGAGUUGUAACGAUUUAGUUGCCGACUUGAGAGCCGAGGUCACACACUGGUGUGAGGUCACCCAUCAACAAGACGAUAAGGGUGGAGAUGGUAAAGACAAUGGCAGUAGACGAUUGAGUUCAUCCUCGUCACUCGGUGGGGUGGUACCGCAGUUGUUAGCACAGCCAGUUGGUGGUGGGCCAGGUCAAGGGCCUGUUCGGAUGAUAUCAUUAGGUCAUGAAUUAACCCCUGAUAUUGAUGAAAGAUCUUUAACUGAAACUGGAUUUAAAGACAUGCAGCUGGUGUUUGUAUCUUUUGGCAACAUCAGAAGAGAUCGUAAACGAGAAGGCAUCCAACUUCCUGCUUCCUGUAUGCCAGCACCACUAAGGGAGAAAUUACCAAUGAUGGUUUUGUUACAUGAACCACACUUCAGUCAAAUUUUUAGUCUCUUACAACAACUAAAUAACCAUGGUAACAACACAGCUAUUUGCAUGAUGAACAGGAAGGAAGCCAAACUAUUGUCACGAAGAGUGUGGGAAUUGUUGAUGUUACUUCCAACAAGUCCAGAUAAAUUGGGAAAAUUCCAGUCUCUUAUGUCAGGCCAAGAUUCUGGUGAUGGCGAUACUGAUAAUAAUGAUGAGAGUAAAGUAGAUUGGAGUGAUUUACUGAGUGAGGAGAACCCACAACAACUACUCUAUUCACUGCAUAUAAUUGAAGCAUUAACCAAUCCACACAGGAAGAGGACAAAAUCAUUGGCUAGUGUGGGAGGUGGUGAUUCCACAAUGGGUAGUAAAUCUGAGUUUGGAAUUCUGGAUACUAAGGGUUCAUUUGGUGAAGCUUAUUCUAGUCGAAUUGACACUGAAGCUGGUUAUGAGGAUGCUAAUGCCUGGAUGCAAACUUUUGUAACACACGGUGCACUGAAACAUUUGUUCCAUGUCUUCAUGUCAGGAACAUUGCAGGUGUCAUCAGAACAAGAAUGGGAUGAGUGGCAACAAGACUGCUUAGCGUGUCUGCUAAAGUUGAUGUAUCAGUUUGGUGUGGAUGUGGCAUAA